CACCCACAGCUCGUGUAGGGAGGAAGUCACACAAGUGUAAUAAGAACUGGUGGCUACAGUGUGAAAUUGUAUGUCAGAAGGAUAACAUGUCUGUCGAUGAUACUAAAUUACUGUUUGAAGGGUUUCUGCAGAAAAGAAAGGACACUUUGAAAAUAAGAUGGGUGACCUACUGGUUCAGGCUUCAAAACACUACUUUGUUCUUUUAUACUAAGAAAAAUGGCAGCGCUUCACAUCUAAGAGGCUAUUACUACAUUUACACAGUCCAGUCGGUGCGAGAGGUCCAGAAAGCUGACAAGAAGCACUUUUUAUUUGAAAUCAUCAUGACAAAUGGGAAGACAAAGAUGUUGGCAGCAGAGACAGCCACUCUUAGAAAAGAGUGGGUUGGACACCUUUGGCAGGCCAUGCAGUUUUCUUCUUCGGGACAUUUGGACUCUAGAGAUCCAGACCUUGAGAUGUUUGAUCAGCGAGGGAGGGUAGACAGCAGCAAGUCCAUCUCCAUGUGCAGCGACAGCAUGAUGGAGUUGAAGCCAUCUCGACCUCUCUCCACCUCCUCAGAGCACAUCUACUCAGAGGCCCGGAGCCUCACUCCGUCCGUCUGUCGGCCUGAGGAGGAGGAUAGGGACGGGGCAACAUACCAGAACCUGCCAAGACACCUGAACUGCCAUUAUCCCACUGAAGAUCCUGGUUGGUCCAUUGAGAUGAGAUAUGAAGAACCACAAUCAGAUGGCCUCUAUGAUGUUUUACCAGCCAGAAAAAGUACAUGUGAAGCCCCUCCAGCACAAACACAUGAUGUUGUGUAUGACUUUCCUUUGUCUUACAAGACAUCUACUCAACAACAAGAUACAGUCUAUGACAUCCCAGCCCACCUGUUGAGGAAGAAGAGUGAGCACUCUGAAGACGAUCAGCCAGAGGAGGGGACCUACUGGCGGAUAUGAAGAGAAGCUGAAGAAGGACAGAAACAAGUCAGGAACACGUGCUUUAUUACUUCCAUCUACGUCUAACUUGCCGAACCAGAGCUGCGCAAUAUCUUGUAUUCUAUUCGUCAUCGCAGUAUGAAUGUCUGCAAUAUUGCAAUUGCAAAAAACAGGUUGGAUGCAAUAUUCGGUAGGAGGGUGUAAUUUAAUCACCCUGCAUGCUGACAAUGUUUUUGAACAGUUGGACUGACUUUUAAAGUUGAAUGAACUUCAGUGACCUAGAUUUUAAAGCUCACUGGUGAUGAUAGGGAAGAAAGAUAAGAUUGAGGAAAAUGUGGGUUAAUCACAAUGUAUAUCGAUAGGUCAAAAGUCAACAAACAACAUCAUAACUUUAUUGUUUUCCUAAUGUCAUGCAUUCAUAGUCAGUAAUUGCCCUUUUAAGCAUACAGCUGUGGUUAAAGGUUUGUGGAGGAACACAAAUUAGUUUUGUGGAUUUAAAUUUUGUUUGUUUUGUGUGUCUUUGUGGUAUACAGAACAUUUAAAAACAUUUCAUAUGUUUUCAGUGAUUGGGACAUGGAGAACGUCUCGAUAAAGCUUACACCCCAUGCAUGGGUUGGACAAGUAAUGGUGUAUAACCCAUAAUUCUCUACACACACCAGUAUGUAGAGAAGUCAUAAACAGUGAAUCAUUUACUUCAGCAGUUCAUUGUCUACUAAAUCAUAUUGAUGUAUUAAAAUCAUAUCAGCCUCUUUAAAUAAAAUGUAUUAUUUUUAA